AUGGGUUCUUUGGGUGGAGAAGCAUCAACUGCAACACAACACAAGGCAAUGCUGGUUUAUCCAAAGAUGUUUGGUGCUAACCCUUCUGAGAGAUGGGGGCAUUCGGCUUGCUAUUUCAAUGGUUUAGUUUACAUUUUUGGUGGAUGCCGUGGGGGCGUGCACUUCAGCGACGUGCUCGUGUGCAAUCUCUCAACAAUGGCAUGGAAUAUUCUCAAGACUUCCGGGCAGGGGCCGGGGCCCCUCGACAGCCACGGCGCAGUACUCGUGGGCCACAAGAUGUUAGUCUUCGGAGGCACCAACGGUUCCAAAAAAGUCAACGGCCUUCACAUUCUCGAUCUCCUCUCUCGAGAAUGGAGUCAACCCUCGUGCAUUGGAAAUCCUCCCUCCCCUCGUGAGAGCCACACGAUUAAUGUUAUCGGUGAAGAUAAAUUGGUGGUGUUUGGUGGCAGUGGAGGAGGGGAAUCCAAUUAUUUAAACGAUUUGCAUUUUUUGGAUUUGAAAAAUAUGGAAUGGUCUUCGCCUAAUGUACGUGGGAAUUUAUUUCCCGCUCCUCGCGAUAGCCAUAGCUCGGUGGCGGUUGGGAAUAGGCUAUUCGUGUUUGGUGGAGACUCGGGCGAUAGAUACCAAGGCGAUGUUUGUGUGCUCGAUGUUAAUAAGAUGAUUUGGUCCAAGGUCGAUGCUCGUGGACCUUGGCCCGGUGCUCGUGCGGGCCAUGCUGCUGUGAGUAUAGGGACCAAGAUUUAUGUGCUCGGAGGAGUCGGUGACAAACAAUACUACAACGAUCUUUGGGUACUCGACGCAAUCACAUUGUCAUGGAUUCAGCUCGACAUAUGUUCUCAAAAAUCUCAAGGACGAUUUUCCCAUACCGCCACCGUCACAAACCUCGGAAUUGCCAUUUUUGGAGGGUGUGGAGAGGACGAGCAUCCGUUAAACGAGUUACUAAUCUUACAGAUCGAUUCACCAACUUGUAGUCGAGCUUUCGGAAGCACGUACAAAGAAGAAAUAAAAAUGUUUUCUAGAAAUGCGGAGAAUAAUAAUUCGAAGUCGACAGUAUUUGUAUGCGACAACGAAGAUUUAUCAUCGUCGCAGGAAGUCGAAGAGCUCCCCAAACAAUCUUUCCACUUUAGUUCCGAUAUGUUGCAUCCUAAGAGGAGAAGAACUAGUAAUAAUAACUCGGCGCUGACCGAACAAAAACUCGAGCUCGAGAAACAUUCCGUUUCGAAAUCACAACAAUCGUCCUCUUCACAAUCUGAUCAGGAUCAGAUUCCCGCGAAGAAAAGCAUCUCGAACUACCCUUCGUCUAGAACUCAUCCAUUGUCUAGGCAAAAAAAUUACGGUCCAAGUUAUUAUCCCAGAAAUUCUAUUCCCGGGACAUGUCCAGAUAUAUAUUUUAAAUCCUCGGAUCAUCGAAAUCCGAUAAAUCAAGAAAAUCCGAACGUAAUUUGCACCAAUGGAGCGGAAUCGUUAUCCCUCGAGGCGGGGAAAUUCAGAAAUAUGAUUGGAGCUGAAGUUCGGGGCCAUGUUGACGUGGCAUUCGAUUCGGGCUACCUAAUGACUGCUACUGUUAACGGAAAGGUCUUUCGAGGAGUUCUAUUUUCUCCGGGACCCGAUCUUGUUUCGAGAGGUGCCUUUCUUGGACAACAUUCAUUACCUCCGGCACACCAUAACGGCUUUAAUCAUGAAAAUUCGGGCGUAAAUAACAAUGCAAGUGUUGCUUAUCCGAGGCUUACAAACCUGCCCGUAAAAAAAGCUCGAUUCUCUCCGGAAAAUGGAACUACUCUUCGAUUGGAGAAAGACUCGAGGGCUAUUAAUAAUACUGAACUUCAGGGUGUGGUGUUAACUCUGGCAAGUCCGGGAAGCGAUCAUGUUAGGUUGUAGAAACUCAGGCGAUUUUUUUUUUUUUUGGUGUACAUUUUUAAUGUGUAGAAUUGGACUUAUUUGUUUGAUUUUCCCUCCAUAUUUUGGAGGUUUUAGAUAAGUUGUGUGAUGAGAGAGUUUAGUAGAGCCUGCUGAGAGUAUUUGAUCUUUUUCCAUUAUGAGUUCAGUCUUUUUUGCAAGAAAAAUACUUCAUUGUGUAAGUUUGGUAUUCUUAAUAAUUUGAUGCAUUGGUGUCAAAAGCAAUUAUCA